UAUCAAAAUCUAUCAAUCAAAAGGUUUCAAUGUUCCUCCUGUACUGAGGGUGGCGCUUGUUGUGCUCAGACCGCAUGACCGUCACAACAAGAACAAGAGGUGCCGUGUUUCCGCUGUACUGACGUUUGACCGCUGUCACUACAGAGGCACGUCACUUGCGUGCAAUGCACACAAUUACUCAACGGUCCCACCCACAGACCUGUAGAUUGUGCAAACAUGUUGCGAUUAGUCACGACAUCGUUGUGUCUCUACUGCCAGCGGGCUCAAGUAACGCCUUCACUCCUCUCAAGGCCUUACUCCUCAAUCGUUCACAAAGAGAACCUGGUUGCUAUAGACACCCUUUACGACUUAUCCGUAGACAUCAGUAAGAUCCGAAAGUUGAAGGGAUGGGUGUUGCGGCAGAGCCCUUUAUACGUGAGCGAGACUGCCGCCCUGCUGAGGGACAUGGGGGCUAGUGGGCCUGUCAUCGCACGUGUUUUGGAGCUCCAUCCUGAGGCCAUCCUCUGCAAACCUGAGCAAAUGGAGGCGCAGAAAAAGCUGUGGAUGUCUGUGUGCGCCAGCCAGAAGGAUCUGGUUGGAAUCAUCGAAAAAUUCCCUGCCUCGUUUUUCACCUCGUCCGCUGAUCACGACAACCAGAAGGCCAACAUCAUGUAUUUCCAGACAUUGCAUCUUAACAAACGGAUUAUUAGCAAGCUCAUGGCCAGCGCCCCUCAGAGCUUCAGCCGACCUGUUAAGCAAAAUGAGGAGAUGAUCCAGACCCUGCAGAACUAUUUGGACUUGGGUGGGAGGGAGGAUAAUAUGAAGACCUGGUUGCAGAAGCUGCUUACUCAGAAUCCCUACGUGCUCCUGAAGCCCCCCAAGGUUUUGCGCGAUAACUUGACGUUCCUGCGCGACAGGGGCUUCACCAGCAAUGAGCUUUUGCGGCUGCUUUCCAAACUGAGGGGAUUUGUUACUGAGCUGAACCCUGAAAGCAUGAGACUCACCCUCAGCUACUCCCAGGAGACCCUGGAAUGCACAGAAGCAGAGAUCAGGGAGAUCGUACUUCAAUGUCCAGCCUUGUUAUACUAUUCUGUGCCUAUACUAACUGAACGCUUCAAAGGCCUCCUCGCUGCUGGAGUAAGCAUGGAGCAGAUCAUGGAGACUCCCACAGUGUUAGAACUGACAACACAGAUAGUUCAGUAUCGCAUUCAGAAACUGAGCUCUUUUGGUUAUGAUGUACGUACCGGCAGCCUGGAAGUCCUUAAUGGCACCAAAAAGGACUUUGAGAUGAGCAAUGGGAAGCUGCGUCUUAGGCAAGAGAGGCCACUUUUUAACCCAGUAGCUCCACUUCGAACGGAAGAUUAAAUUUUAUUCUCAUUUCACAUAAUUCCAAGUUUAUAUGCUGCAGUUUUUUAGUUAGUUUUGGGUUAGUUCACCCAAAAAUGAAAAUUCUGUCAUUAAUUACUCACUCUCAUUUCGCUCCAAACCCAUAAGACCUUUGUUUAUCUUCAUCACCAAUGAUGAACUGGCGUUCUGAUGUAGAACCUGGAAGCUACACUGUGUGUACAAUGUCAACUGCGUAGGAGACUGCCAUGGAAGAGAAAGA